CUCGUUUACUUCCAGAUUUGAGUUGUGGUGUUCCAAAGCUGUCUUUGACAGGGCGCAAAUUGUGGGGCUGGACGAUAUCUUGUCAUUGAUAUAUGGGAUGCGGCUCCGAUUUAUCAAUUAGCUAAAGUCUAAAGACAACUUGAUCAUAUAUUAGAAGGAAGUCGAUAUGUCUUCCAAUCCGAAGUCUACCCAUGGCGGCUCCGGGGACGACGACCACGACAAUUCCGAGAAAUGGUCCCAAGACGAAAAGAUGACUCACAACCAACAUUGUCAACAACACGAAAGACAGCAAUCCCUCGGCUCAUCUGACAGUGAGAGCUUCUACGAAAUUCAACCUGUUCGUAGCGAACGACAGGUCCAUCCAGAAAUCAGGGGUACCGGCGACGGCCUGUUGACUCCCCAAAUAUCUCGAAUAUCACAUAAUUCUCUGGCUCGCAGAGUCACCACGGUUGGCACAACGGGGACAACUGAUCCGCUUUUUGAGGUGGAUUGGGAUGACGAAAAUGAUCCUGAGAAUCCGUGGAAUUGGUCGUUGGCUUAUACGGCGAUGUGUAUUGCAUUUCUGUCGUAUAAUACCCUUGUGAUUGUCCUCUUUUCCACCAGUUAUACCUCCGGCACGUCGCAGAUCGCUAAAGAGUUCGGCAUCUCGGAAACGAUCGUCACAUUGGGUCUGACCUUUUACCUCCUCGGUCUAGCAUUAGGCUCUGUGGUCAUGGCUCCCCUCAGCGAAAUCUAUGGCAGAAAACCGGUCACCGUAGCAAGUAUGGUGAUAUUCAACGUGAUGAUUAUCCCCGUUGCUGUAGCCAAGUCAAUGGCAAUUAUCAUCGUCUUUCGAUUCAUUGGGGCUAUCGCCGGAAGUGUCAUGAUAAGUAGCGCGCCAGGAAUGGUGGCUGAUAUCAUCCCAGCACAGAAGCGAGCUCUUGCUUUCUCUAUCUGGAGUAUAGGACCCAUCAAUGGUCCAGUGCUUGGCCCUAUUAUCGGCGGUUUCGUAACUCAAUAUUUGGGCUGGCGUUGGGCUUGCUGGAUCAGUCUCAUGCUCGGUGGUGUUGCCCUGGCGUUCUCCUGCAUCAUGAAAGAAACAUACGCCCCCGUCAUCUUGCGGAAGAAGGCCGCUCGCCUUCGAAAAGAUACUGACGAUCCUCGUUGGUGGUGCCGGUAUGAUUAUAAAGUGCCGCUAAAAGAGACUAUGAAGUCCAAUUUGAGCCGUCCUUUGAUCAUGGCAGUGUUAGAACCUAUUUGCAUUUUCUGGAAUCUGUAUAUCGGGAUCGUCUACGGUAUCCUGUACUUGUGCUUCACCGCGUAUCCGAUCGUGUUUCGCGAAAUAAGAGGCUGGAGUCUUGGGGUAUCUGGUUUGGCUUUCCUGGGCAUCGGAAUUGGGACGCUCCUAACGAUCGCUUGUGAACCGUUCUACCGACGACUGAUCCAAAGCCACAAGAAAGACCCCGAAACCGGAGAGGUGUACCCUGAAGCCAUGGUAUCGGCUGUUUGUAUCGGCUCAAUUCUCAUUCCCAUCGGUGAACUAUGGUUUGCUUGGACGUGCUCACCAGCUUCGAUCCCUUGGCCUGCCCCAAUCGCCGCUGGUAUUUUCUUUGGCGCCGGCAAUACUGCUGUUUUUAUUUAUUCCUCCAACUAUCUGACUUUCAGUUAUGGUAUCUACGCCGCAUCUGCGCUAGCAGGAAACUCCCUCAUAAGAAGUAUCCUCGGUGGUAUUAUGCCGUUGAUCGCAACAUAUAUGUACAACAGCCUUGGACCCAACUGGUCCGGCACAUUGCUCGGUUUGCUGGAAGUAGCCUGCAUUCCAAUUCCGUUCAUCUUCUGGAAAUACGGAUAUAAGAUUCGCCAAAAGAGCAUAUUUAUCCGGUCCAUGCAAGAGGAUCAGAGAAGACUGAAGGGCAAGAGAGAAAACAGGAACGCCACAAGUGCAAUAUCACCUGAAGAGGCUGUCGAAGGCGUUGUCGAGUUCCAAGAUAUCGAAAAAGGUGGCGCUCAGGUCAAAGUUAAUGCAUGAUCAGAUUUAAGAAGAAAGGUCGUUUCGUUUGUUCUGUUAUUAGCCGUAGCAUACAUACCCC